AUGGGAGGCUCGGUCCCGAUCCUUGUUUCCUACUGUCUCCACUGCCCCGGCACCAUUUGCACCACUCAGACAAAGCGGACACACCACACGCCGACAACACCCUCGGAUGUUGGUCACCUCCUGCCACCGAUCGGGGGUCGGAAACCAAGGCGAGAUGGAAGCGGCAGCAGCCUACCGCCGAUCCCGCCAUGCGUGGAACCCUCACUUCCAUGCCCGGCGCCGGUCGAUCGCAACCGAUCGGGUCUGUAUGAUCCAGCGCUGGACCCAAGCCCCAUCGGCAAGGAGGAAAGAGGAAAGGUGCAACCAGUGCGAAUCUCUCGAGUCGUACCACGCCAAGACUCAGGGCUGGGAGCCCAAGAACUGCAGGGUGAGGCACGAUCAGCGGAAGGUCUUCCCAUUCCUACUGUAGUGACGGUACUCAACGGCUACAACACUCAACACAGGAGAGAUCGCACGAGUGCACCAGCAGGAGAUUAUGCUUCUGCUACUCAUGUUUUGUCUGAGGAUGAAGAAAGCUGCAUCGACGUCUUUGUAGAAGGGUUCUCGAGAGGUGUUGACCACGAGACCUUGCUUCCUUCAGAGAUGUUCUGCCGCGCACUACAACAUGGCAGUCAAGGGCCGCCAAAGCCAUCCUCCUUGAUAUCGGAAGACUCGAGGCAUUAUCUGGACGUUAGAGAAGGAUAUCUCGGUCUGACCGUUUUCCUGGCCCGCACCAGUGAGUGGUCCGGCACCAUCGACGGUGGCGUUCAAGGCGAAAAACAAGAUGAAUGCAUCGAACCUGGCAUCGGCGACGGAAAGCUUGCCGCCGAGAUGGCAAUCACCCGUAUGAUCUUUCAGCGCGAGGACGGCACACCGGCACCCUCGCGUAACGCUUUUCGGGUGCAGUUCGAGCCCGGGCCACUGGGCGUGGAACUGGAGGAAUACCCCGGCGAUAGGGGCAUCGUGCGGGUCCGGCGAGUGCUCCAGGCGGGACAGGCUGAGCUUGACGGUCGACUCUCUGCCGGGUGCUUGAUUGUGGCAGUGGGAGGUUGGGAUGAAUCCAGUGCAAACGGCACACUUCGUCCCAGCACAGCCUCUGGAGCUGGGACUGGUCAUGUUGUCCUAGACGGCGUCGACAUUUACGGCAACCUCGAUGUUCCCGCCCUGAGAUCGAGCGCAAUGGACGGCGGUUCCGGUGCCGAAGCACACAAGUCGGCGAUAAUUCGUUCCCUGGCCGACUUCGAAGAGGCCGUCUCGUGCCGAGAGCCGGAUAGACUCUUUGUGCUCUGGGCUCUCGAUCGGCAUGCCCCGGAGGCGGUAGCUGCUCUAGGACCCCCCCAGGCUAACGGCGUCUGCACGGUGCCCCGUGGCUGGUCGCCGGCAUCUGUAUACUCGAGGCGAAGAAACGAGGGGCGGGGGAGAGUAAGGGGGACGUUCCCUUCAGGCAGUGAAAGGCAGCGACCAUUUGAAGCCUCGAAAUCGCCAAAGUCGCAAGGAUAUGAGGAAAGCGAACCAGAAGGAGCUCUCGGGCGGGAGACGACCACAAUUUUAGCUCGCAGUAGAGACAGCCUCAGGUACUCCUUGUCGAGCGACAGACCGAAGCUGGCCUCGUUCGCUCGAAACCAAGCGUCGCACGCGGCAGGAGGUGGCCAGCUGCAGACAGGCGGAGGGCAACCUGAAGCCGAUCUGGCGAUGUCAGCAUUUGGAUCCCCGAAAGAAGUCACUGGAAGCGAAAGAUUGGCAGCGGGAAUAAAUCGUCUAGGUUGGCCUAGCAGAGAGGGCAAAGGUGGUGCUCCUAGGUUCGGGGAGGGAGGGGCGAGGAAUGCAAUAGGGUGGGAGUUUGAAACAGGCGGAGGCAUCUUUGACGACGACGACCAGGGAUUGGCCGCGAGGAAACACCCAGCAAGGAGACAGGCCACCCUUGCGCCAGCUGCAACUCCUGCGGAUGAGGCGGAAGAGAAGCCGCCAACGUUUCCCCUGGGGCUCGAGUCAUCGGCAGUGGAUGACCUUGCCGUGUUCAUCUGGUUCUGCAACAACCACGAGUCUGCGGUGAUGAAGGUGGAGCAACCUCAUGAGGGAGUUGGCAACCCCGUACGAGGCUUUGGGUUCUGCUGGGAGAAGGAACACUUCGUGCUCACGCCCCGGGACACCCACGGGGUGCCACUUAUCCAAAGAUGGCAUGUGGUAUCGUGGAUCGACUACGACGGCAGGCGCGUUCCGCGGAGAUCGCUCGCGCCGGGCGCCUGCUACUUCGAGCGUUCCUUCGCCACCCACCCCUGGGUGAUACAGCACAGCGAUAGCAAUCAGGCAGGCAGUAAUGACAGAAGCUUGCACGCUGGGGGGCAGCAAGAAGAAAAGUGCGAGCCGACAGGCAGCGGAGCUCCCGUGCCCUUGAAACCUUCUCCUCCACGAGAAGCAGGAGACGACGACGACGCGGAACUUUGCGUGGUACGUCUGGGGGACACAAUGGCCGUCGCCCAGUUCACGGGGUCAUUGAUCUGGAAUCCCACGGGCAGGACGCUGUCCAUCACCAAGCAGGCGAGAGUUGGGGUGCCCGGUAUGAGCGCGGCGGCGCGCGCUGCCGUAGGCGCCGGCGUUGAGGAAGGCGGCGGGCUCGACCCCGGCAUGAAACGGCUGUGCAUGGCCGGGCAGCGGAGGGAGGCCGAGGAGGCCCGCGCUAGGGCAGCGAGGGCGGUUGUACGGGAGGAAAAGGCCAGAGUCUUGGAGGAAAUAAAGGCUUGGCGAACGCACCCGCUUGGCGGGGGAGGGCUUGGUGCGGGUGGUGGUGUGGCGGAAGGGCUUGGGGGGAAGUUGGGUCAGGGGGUUCCGAAUCUUCGCGUUGUUAUGAUGGGGUCGGGUUGGAGUGAAUGA